UGGUGAGUGCGACGACUGUUCUUUUUAUUACACUUGGAAUUUCUCCUUGUCCCCAACCGGAGUCCCUCCCACGAUUUUUCGCACGGAGCAAGAGGGCACGUCGCUGGUACUUCGCUCUCGACGAGAGCUCUCGCCGCGAUUACAUAAAAGGAACCAUAGCUCGGCUGCUCUCCCGCUCUGUUCUCGCGCAGCACCUUUCUGCACGAGCUCCGGUUGUCCGCUCCGUUUUGUUGUCCCUUUCGCGAUAUUCAACUCACGGAUAGGACCGGUUAAGCAAUAAUCAUGCUUCGACAAGGAACGAAUUUGUUGGUGCUGGCUGCCCAGCAGCCACAGACUCAGCAGCGUGGUAUGGCCACAUUGAAGGCCAUCUCUAUUCGUUUGAAGUCGGUAAAGAACAUCCAGAAAAUCACACAAUCCAUGAAGAUGGUGUCAGCAGCUAAGUACAACAGAGCUGAGCGAGACCUGAAGCAAGCACGACCCCUUGGUCAGGGAGCUAAAAUUUUCUACGAACAGGCCGAGAUUACGGCUCCAGAAGGUGAACCCAAGAAGUUGAUGAUUGCUGUAACUAGCGAUCGUGGUCUUUGUGGUGCUGUCCACACUGGUGUGUCCAGAAACAUCCGUGAUGCACUGUUGGCAAACCCUGCUGACCGGGAAAACACAAAAAUUGUUUGCAUUGGAGAGAAAUCUCGCGCCAUUCUGCAACGCCUGUUUGCUAAGAACAUUCUGUUUGUUGCAUCCGAAAUGGGUCGCAAACCCCCUACUUUCAACGAUGCUGCCAAAGUAGCUAUUGAAGUUAUGAACAGUGGGUACACGUAUGGAUCUGGUAAGAUCAUCUACAAUAGGUUCAGGUCUGUUGUGUCUUACGUAAUUGACCAACUGCCACUCUUCGACAAGGGCUCCGUUGUUUCUGCACCAAAGUUAUCUGUUUAUGAUUCGUUAGAUGAAGAAGUAAUUCAAAGCUACCUUGAAUUUUCUCUUGCAUCUAUGCUCUUUUACUCAAUGAAGGAGGGAGCAUGCAGUGAACAAUCCAGCAGAAUGACAGCUAUGGACAAUGCCAGCAAGAAUGCAGGAGAGAUGAUUGACAAACUUACUCUCACCUUCAACCGUACUAGACAAGCUGUCAUCACUAGAGAGCUUAUCGAAAUUAUCUCUGGAGCUGCUGCAUUGGAUUAAGAAGUUUCAAAGAAAUUUCAUUAGCAGCUCAUUAUUAGAAUGUCAAAUCUGUCACGCGAAGAAAAUGGUGAAGAAAAUGUUCUUGACUGCUUUCUGCAGCCUACUCCAUCUAUGAGUUGCAAAGCAGUUUUAAGGAAUAUUGUACAUUCGGUAACCUAUUUCAGUAAAUGCCAUUUACAAGUCUUUUUCUUUCAUGUAAGUUGAAGGCAUGGCUCUUAAUAAAUUGAAAUACACGUUAA